UCCAAACAUUUUGAAAAUCCAACAAAUUUUACAAGGCCACAAAGAGGAAGAGGAGGACGUUUGGAUCAGAAGAAAAGUGAAAAUGGUGGGAGAUAUUGCUAAGAGAUGGAAGCAACUGAGCGGCGAUAGCAAAUGGAAAGACUUACUUGAUCCUCUUGACUUGGAUCUACGCCGUUACAUCCUCCACUACGGCGACAUGGCUGAGGUCGGAUACGUUACCUUUAAUAGUGACCGUCGGUCCAAAUAUGUAGGAGAUAGCUGCUACACCAAGGAGGAGCUUUUUGCUCGUACCGGCUACCUCAAAGCCAACCCUUUCAGGUACGAGGUGACUAAGUACAUAUAUGGAACAUCGUCGAUAAGGUUACCGGAAUGUUUCUUAAUCAACUCAUUGUCAAGGGAAGCAUGGAACAAAGAUUCUAACUGGUUAGGUUACACUGCGGUGGCUACAGACGAAGGCAAGGAGUUGUUAGGGAGAAGAGACAUUGUUGUAGCAUGGCGAGGGACUAUGCAGUUGUACGAAUGGGCUAACGAUUUUGAUUUCCCACUUGAAUUAGCUACCUCGGUUUUCCCUAGUACUGACCCGAAUGAUCCAAAUGACCCUCCUCGCAUUGCCAAUGGUUGGCUGUCUCUUUACACAACCUCUAAUACACACUCACGUUUUGACAAGACCAGUGCACAAGAACAGGUUCAAGGAGAGCUCAAAAGGUUACUAGAAUUGUACAAACAUGAAGAAGUUAGUAUCACCUUUACAGGCCAUAGCUUGGGCGCAGUUCUAUCUAUUUUAUCAGCCACAGACUUUCUCCAUAACGAAUGGCCUAAGACCACAACAAGUCUUGGAGACACGCUUUCUUGUGUCACGGUUUUUGCUUUCGGCAGUCCCCGCAUCGGUGACCUUAACUUCAGAAGACUGGUCGAGUCUCUAAAAAAACUCAACAUCUUGAGAAUAACAAAUGCCCCGGAUCUCAUUCCGCAUUACCCGGUGUUCAGGUUCAGAGAUGUAGGGGAGGAGCUUGAGAUCAACACGUUGAAAUCAGAGUAUCUGAAACGGUCUCUAAACUUGGCGCAUUUCCAUAACCUGGAGGCUUACUUGCACGGCGUGGCGGGGACACAACACAACCAAGCGGAGUUCAAGCUUGAGAUUAACCGUGAUAUCGCGCUGGUCAACAAGGAAUUAGAUGCUCUUCAAGAUAAGUACUUAGUGCCUAGUCAUUGGUGGGUUGUUGAGAACAGAGGUAUGGUUCAAGCGGAUGAUGGGACAUGGAUUCUUAAUGGAGAUAUGGCAAAGAAUGAUCAAGAAGAAGAAAAGGACGGAUGCGAAUUACUAUGAAUAUAUCUAUAAUACAUGUUUAAUUAACAUUCACAAAAUCCUUUUGAAGCAGUAAAAGAACAAGAAAAUGUUACGUAUUCUCAA